AAAACACAGUUCGCUCUAGUUUCUCUUCCACUCUCUCCACUCUCUCUCUCUCUCAAGGGUUUUAGAUCCAAACAGAAGUUGAAGCGCCCACCCAAAAUCUUCCAUGGCCUCCAAACGCCCAUCUAAGAGCAGCGACGAUGGAAUCUUAUCGCGAAUCUCCGAUCACUCCAUCGUGCGGAAGGGGAAGAGCGCCGGCAAGGCCGCUUGGAUCCUCGGCACCACCGUCAUCAUCCUAGGGAUCCCGCUAGGGAUCCCGCUCAUCAUCAAGAUGGAUCGCGAGGCGCAGCUCAAUGAGGCCGAGCUACAGCAGGCCUCUCUCCUCGGCGGUGCCGCCCCUGGCUUCAUGCCGCCGCCACAGUGAUUUCGAAUGGAAAACCUCCAUCUACUUAGGUGAAUUUGAUGCUGCUCUUCCACUGUCUCUCUCUCUCAAAUAGCAGGGCACGACGCAGGCAGCCCACGGCAGGCUGCAACCGCUCAUCCGCCCUCGGCCGUCGGCCCCUCUCGUUGCCAACCCGCCGCCCUCCGUCUCUAUUGUCGCUGCUCCGCGUUCGUUGCGCUCCCGUAACUGCUCCCCCGUUUGAUUCUCCGAUGUUCGCUGCUCUG